AUGAUCGCGCUAUGUCGUAAACCCCUAGGUUCUUCAGAGUCUGGAACUUUACGAGCAUCGCUCGACAUCAUGAGGGGGGAGGUAGAGUCUAUGGGCAAAGCACAUCAAGGCAUCGCUGGGCAGAUGAAAAGUGAGCUUGAAGAGCCCCUGGCAGCUUUCGCGGGAGGAAUGAAGGAGAGGCGGAAGAUCGUGCAGGCCGGCGCCGAAAAGUUGUUUAAGAUUAAGCAGCAGCAGACACAGGCUGCAAACAAGUCACGCGACAAAUACGAGCAGGAUUGUCUAAAGAUUAAGGGCUAUCUGGCGCAAGGGCAUAUGGUCAUGGGUCAAGAAGAGCGAAAGAACAAAGCGAAGAUGGAGAAGACACAAAUACAGCUUGCAUCUACAGGCAACGAGUACGAAGCUGCGAUCAAAGUCCUCGAAGAAACAACUGGAAGGUGGAACAGAGAAUGGAAGGCAGCUUGCGAUAAAUUUCAAGACCUGGAGGAGGAGCGGUUAGACUUCAUGAAAAGUAGCCUGUGGACCUUCGCCAAUAUUGCCUCAACUGUGUGCGUGAGUGACGAUGCGGUCGAAAAGGAUAUUUCGAUUUUCAUCCAAGAGAGAGGCACAGGACAAGAGAUUCCAGAUCCUCCGAAGUACAUCGACUUCUGUAGGGGAGAUGCCGAGGACAAUGCAUCAGCACACUCGGACGAUGACUACUCCGUCGCGCAAUUUCAGCGUACAAUCAAUCCAGCAUUCCGGACUUCCUCUCCGCAGCCUUCUACUUUCGAAUCACAUCAUGAUCCUGGAUCUGAUCUGGCAGCUAGAAUGGGGCACGAAGGAAAACUGCCACCGCAAAAACGUGAUGUGACAUUAACACCUCAAAGCAAUCGAAAUGGCCAACACGUGAUUGCGCAACAAUCAAAUUUGGGUGGUCAGCCGCCUGUUCAAAGUGACAUUCAAGACUUUGCUGCUGUUCCUCACAAUGAGUAUCCAACCGAUGGAAUGACAAUGUUUUGUCGUACGGCACCACCGUCAGACCGAAGCUCUGCUACCAGCCCAAAUCGCCCUUCAAGUAGAGACUCGCAAAGUGAAUACUCAAAUCCAACAUCAUUUUCGAGCGUAGAACCUACAAGCGGUUCACAGUCACCCAUCAAGGGAGAAUAUGGACAGGGAGCUCCAGGCAACCUGCCGAACAAAGCAGUCCAGAAAAAGAGAAGUGGAUUCUUCAGCAACAGCCCAUUCAGGAGGAAGAGUAAGCACGAAAAAGGAGCUCCUUCGCUUACAACUCCUACUUCUCGUAGUAAUUGGCGAUCUUCCAACGAUAAGCAAGGAGAAGUGAACAGACCGAGUUUUACCACUCAUGGUGGCCAGGACAGAAAUAUAAGAGAUGCCAACUCCGGCACUCCGGAACCAGUGGAUCCUCGGGCUCAGUUUCAGCUCAACGUAGGCAACAACGUGUUUGAUGUUGCCUCGCCGGACUCGAAGGGCACCAAGUCCGCAAUCAAGGGCUUGAACAGGGCGUCUAAAGGCUUAGAUCCAAUUGCUGCGGCUUUAGAAGAGCUUAAGGGGGUUAACAAACAAUCUUCAGUUCGUAUGUCAGCAGACCGUUAUGCGGGCGUGGCAACGCCAGGUCCAGCAAGCGUUGCCAGUACCCAACAUAACGAACCAUCUGCUGCUCGCCGCAAAACUCCCCCUCCAUCUUAUGAUCAGCCAACGAGCCGGCUCGGUGCACCCAAGCCUGCCUUUACUUCAGCCCAAAUGCAACAGACUACGCGUAAGUAUGUAAACCAAGGCCAAGACAUAUACGGAGCGUCGCGCGGGAACGCACGCGAAAAGGCUAGAGACAUCCCGCGAGCCACUUCACCUCGUCCCAUGCGGAGCACCAGUCCCCGCCCUCCUUAUCAAGGGCGUGAGAACACAGGACUCCCUCGGUCUGCAAGCCCGAACCCUUACGGUGGAUCAAAAACGAGACAGACACCCAACACCAGUCCAAGUAAGGGAAGCUAUUCAGCGCAUGGCUCACCCAAUGAUCGUGGUAGGGUACCUUCACCGCAACCACAAUUUGCAAGACAAGACCGGCCGCACAGUAGUGGCAACAUGGCUGUGCAGCUAGCCGAUGGUGCACAGCAGGGUAGAAGGGGCAACAACGACAGACCGAUGAGCUACUAUGGCGGACAGCGCGGGCCACAGCCAGGCGCAUAUCCGUCUAUGGAGCGUCCAAGAGCGAAGAGCGCAGCUGAUGGGAGAAACUUCACGGCCGAAGGCAAGCCGAUCUUGCAGAUGGCUCGAGCGCUUUACAUGUAUCGCGCCGCGAUACCAGAAGAAUUGUCGUUUGGCAAGGGAGACAUGCUGGCUGUGACAAGAUAUCAAGACGAUGGAUGGUGGGAGGCUGCAGUAAGUGGGAAGAAUGGAAGGCCAGGUUUAGUGCCAAGUAAUUAUUUGCAACCUUGUUAG